AAAAAGAAGGAGAAGAAGAAGACGACGAAGAAGAGCAAGAACAAGACCAAAAACACUGAAGGAGCCUCCAAGCAGAAAAUAAACCCUCGAUCGAGUUCCAAAUCAAGCUUUUGGACGUCAACUUCCCCCCACUUCAUUUAACAAGAUGUUUAACAGACAAACGAGUCUCUGGAUGGGUGAUUUGGACCCGUACAUGGAUGAGAGCUUCGUCAAACAGGCCUUCACUGCAAUGGGGGAAUCACCGCUUGGAGUAAAAAUAAUCACUCACAAGUUAACAGGUGGUUCUGCAGGUUACUGCUUUGUGGAGAUGGCAGACGAAGCAAGUGUCGACCGCUGUGUUCAAAGACUAAAUGGAAAACUGGUUCCUGGCUCAAACCCGCCUCGGAAGUUUAAGCUAAACUUUGCCACCUAUGGGAAACGACAGGAGGCAGGGCCAGAGUUCUCAGUGUUUGUUGGAGAUUUAUCCUCUGAGGUGGAUGAUGACCAGCUCCACCAUGUCUUUAAGGACUUUCCCUCCUGCAAGGGAGCCAAAGUCGUCACAGACCAAUAUGGCUACUCCAAAGGUUAUGGCUUUGUCAAGUUUGGAGAUGAAAAUGAACAGAAGAAGGCAAUCGAGGAAUGCCAGGGCAUUGUGCUUGCGGGGAAGGCACUCCGACUCAGCCUUGCGGUGGCAAAGAGCCAGAAGACAACCACCUGGGUGGGCUCAAGUCAGAAUUAUCAGACUAACUACAGCCAGCCGCCAACCAAUUACUUUGGAAACACCAAUGGCGGGGGUCAAAGCUACUACUCUCAAUGGGGCAGCUACGAUCAGUACAACAACUACAACAAUGGCAGCUACAACUCUGGCUAUAAUAAUACGGCAUACAAUAGCGGCUACAACAGUGGCUACACCUACAACUAUGGCUCCUACGGAUACCCACCACCCAGCCACAUGGUACCACCACCUCCCACGGGUUUGCCGCCCCCAUCUUCUGAUGUGACAGGAGACGUGCAGCAGAGUCGAGAAGAGACUGGAGAUGGUGAGGAUAAUACAGAAGUGCCAUUCCAAGAAUGUGACGUUGACCAGUGGAAUGCAGAUUUUAUGCAACGCAGCGAGGAGUUCUUUGAUGCCUUGAUGGAUAGUCACUGGGAGCCACUGGACUCCUUUGAUUCUGCUAUCCCCUUACUUGUUUGAAAGUCAAUUAGUCCUUGUUUCCCCUUUGUUUGUGGUUUCAUCUGUCAACUCCAUAGACACAGCUCCAAAGUGUCACCAUCAACAGUACGAGUCUACUUUGAUUUUAUUGUUUACCAUGUUGGUAAGAUUCAGAGUCUCAUUAUAAGGAGUGACAUUGCCCCUCACGCCACAGUGUGCGUGGGUAGUUUGGGAACCCUGUCUGAUCUUCACAUUUGUUGUAGCAGUGCUCAUCAAACACAACAAAAGUUGCAUUGAUUCAUGUCGAUGGUCAUUGUAGAAAAUGCGUAAUGAUCCCAUUGAGCCUUAGAUAGUCACUCCUGGAUGGUACAUAAUUCAUGUAUACAUAGGAUUAUUCUUUCAGGCUUUCAUGAAGGAAUUUUUAGAUAAGGGUUAAAUCUAGGGGAUGUUAUAUGAAUGCCGGAGUGAUUUUUAAACCAAACACGUUUGUUGUGUGAAUGCAACAUUCCUGUUUCUAAUGAUGGAUGUCACAGCAGCAUCUCUAAAUAUUGAUUGGAAUGAGAAUUUUGUACAUAUAGGUAUAUCUUUUCUGAAACUGUUUGAGCAAUAAAACACUUUCAAAAGGG